AAAAUUGUCCCCAAAAGAUCAGCUCGGAUCAGAUUAAACUCUGAACCAAUGAGAGAUUCAGUUGACACCCAAAUCACAGAUUGAAAUCCAACCCUCUCUCCUCUUUCGAAAAAAACUCUGGAGAGUCGACGCAUCAGAUUCUCAAAUCCCUCAUCCGAUCUGCAUGGCAAUGGAAUGGAUGAGAAUGGAUGAGAAUAUACCCGGAUGGGAAGAGAAUUUCCCACAUUUUUAUCCCAGAUUUGAUUGACACCUCAAUAAAACGGGAUCUCUGGUUAUUUCCAAAAUUUUAAAAUUUCCAAAUUCAUGGAGGAGCACACUACUUAUUUUGAUCCCGAUUUCGAACCAUGGUUAGCAAACAAGGGACACGUCACAAGUCUCCACUUCCUCUGGGCAUGUCACGGAUUGAGAAGUUUGCUUCGUACCACCGGAAGUGGUGGACCUGGCCUCGGAAAUCUGCCUCGUCUCAUAGUUCGCAUUUAUCACGAGUGGAUCGUUCCUCCGAGUGGGUUGAACUUAUCGAAGGAAACUUUAAGGACGACGAUAAGCUAUCUGCUUCGGUUGGGUCCGCCAAGUUUGACAAAUUUGGAGGAGCAUGUCGCCAUCCUGGAGGAAAUUGAGGGGCACGUCCAUUCAAAUUUGAGGUCAGAGUUCAUCCCACAGUUUCAGAAGAAGAAGAGCCGACGGGACAAGAAGGUGCCCAAUUUUGGAGGAGGUGACCUCCUAAUUAAUGGACGCGAUGACCUUGGUACUCCAAACGUACCCUGCCGACCACCUCAGCCACCAGAGCUCAAACCAGCUCAAUUUUUCGAGCAGGUGGCCUCUCGACUUAAAAUCUUGGCGUUAUCGUCACCCCCCACAAACGGAGAAGGAGAAGAAAUCAGCAAUAUCAGUCAUCAGCAAUAAAUAAAUCAACCAAAAUAUAGUACACAAGUCAGAAAUUUAUGAAAUUUUAUUUUGAAAAAUUAGUCAAAUUUCACUAAAUAUAAUUGUUUUCUUAAUUUUGUGCAAGUCAUAAUCAUUAAGUUGUAAUGUAAAUAUUAAGAAGAGAAGAAAUUCCAAGUGACCAUAAUUGAAAGAAACAUUUAUUUAUGAAAAUGAAUCCAAAAC